UUCCCUUUCUCUUGCUCGUCUCCUCGGACGAUGGCAGCUUCCUUCGCGCGCAUAUGGUCGCUAUUCUGUGAACGUCGUCAUAGAAUAUGGAGGUGAUCGAACCAUGAACAAACAUCAAGAUAAAUAGGUCUCAGCGGCAUGCGCUAGCUCCACAAGUAUCCGAGAGCCCAAAUCAUACUACACUCAUCUCGGAUUCUCGGCAAAUCGCAAGCCUGGGGGAGCUGGCAUAUAACAAAAUGCCGGCAUCCCUGCGAGCAGCGCUCUGCCUCUUCCUUUGCGCCUCUGUGUUGGCAGUUGCACAGGGCAAAGCUGGGAACGAACCGGACGAGAGAGACCUGGCCGAGAGCGAGUCAGGCGACAACAUCCCCCCGAGCUGGCCAUUCAUCGAAGUCAUCGUCACGGACAAAAUCCCCCUGAGCUGGCCAUUCGUCCUCGCGGGGCAGGGCGUCAACGUCUGGGUUAGCGUCACCAAUGACCACCAGAAGUACAAAGUUCGCAUUAUAAACGACGCGCUCCUUAAUCUUAGGGCGUCGGAAGUGAUUCCCCACGUCCCGCGCGGCAAGAUUGUAGAGUUCGAAUUCCAGACCAGACAGGCGGGUAAGUAUGAGGUGCAGUACGCCUUUAAAAACAACAUGGUUGAACUGGGCGUGUAUUAUGCGGGCUCGGCGAACAGCCUCCCAGCGGCACUACCAAGCAGGGGCACUACCAAGCAGCCUCCCAGCGGGCUCGGCGAACAUUAUGCGAAGCAUGACCUCGAAGAUGAGAUACAAGGAGAAUGGCCCCGGAGCGACCAUGAGGUGUACCCGGCGCACUACCACGAGGCUCUGCCGCUCGGCAUAUCUGAAUACGUUACCAAUGUGGACGGCGGACAUGAGAUGUACCCGGCGCCUCACAUCAAGGAUGUGAUACAAGGAGAAUGUCCCCGGAGCGACCAUGAGUGUCUGCAGAAAGAGCAAGAGAGUACCGAGGACUACUGCAAGUAUGCCACCUCGCAGUCACUAGAGAGCAACUGCCAGGCGAUCGACUGGAGUGGUGAGGCCCCUCGCCGGGCCUGUCUGGCCGCCAUGAUCAAUCUUGUUUACUGCGCGGUAGACAAGCAAAGCGUCACGCCCCUCAACCCGCGGUGGCUAAAUGAUAGCACAGGAUUCGAACUCUUUCGGGAUCCGUUGAAGGACCGUGAAGAAACCUUUGCUGCUGUCUAUCGAUACGUGGGCAUGCACAAGUCCGCCCCACGCUAUAUAGUUGUCUUCCGAGGCACUUCAUUCUGCCGCACAUGGACGGCGCUACGGGACCUGAGGAUUGGCUGUAGAAUCAUCAUUAAUGACGACCCGUUCUGCUGCGAGCGCUUCACAAGUGCCUACGAAAAGGUCAAAAAGCUCGUCAAAUACCUCAAGGAUCGUCCGGUUGCAAAUUUCCCUUGGGGGAUUGGAGGGGAUCUACAAAGGGGAUUAAGAUAUCAUGAUUCCCUGCGGAUCCCCACCGGUAAGGAUCCCGUCGUUUGGCUCACCGGGCACUCUCUGGGCGCGUGGAUGGCGCUCAACGUGGGGCGACAACUGAUGCUCGAGAGGCACAACCUCUCUACUUACCUCUUCAACCCGCCGACGGCGGUGGCUUGCAAUCAGUACAGCUGCUUCAAGUGGGUCUGUGAAAAAGGUAUCCGAGUGGCUGAAGCGAUUCGCUGCAAAAAACGCUUGGACCCCAAGCUCAUGAAAGACCAACUCGAGAAGCUGCGCGACUGGACACCGUUUGCGUACACGCACAAAAAUGACCCCGUCUGCAAAGGCUUCAAUCGUUACUUCGAGAAGCAGACGAACCUGGACAGGCGGAUCAUGGUACUGCCGUCAGUGGUAUUGUGUAAGAACUCCGGCGCCGAGAUCUUAAUUUCUUCGCACCGCCUUGAACUUUGGCUUAACUCGAAUACUCGCCUCAAAUAUGAGUGCAACCGUUACCCAGUUCCGCGCGAGGGUACUAUUAGGGCGCAUCAGCAUAAGGAGCGGGUGAGCAUUGUCUAAAUAUUUGAGGAUCUGUGCAUCCUGUUAUCUUAUGUACGUGUUUAUUUAAGUGUUUGUGGCUGUGUGCAUCUUAUUACUCAGAGGGCGGCGGUAUUUUUAGUCGUUUGUAUCACCUUAAUGUAAUCG